CCCACCCUCGCCCCGACGAGCUGCGGCCCCCAAAGCCCCGUCCCCCUCAGCGCGCCUCCUUCCAGAAGGUUUAAUGCAACCCUGGUCGGGCCGGGGAGGCCGCGCGGGGCAAGGGUUGGGCUUCCAGCAGCCACACUGUGCUCGCCUUCCCUGCCGGCCUCCAGCCGCUCAGCGCCCUGAACACCCGCCUGAGCCCUCAGCUUCCACACAGAGCGGCUUACGGGGUCGUAAGCUGAGCUGACACGCAGAAGACGUGUUGUAAAGUGCAAGCGAUUGUCGUUGGCUCGAGCACAAUUCCUCUGGAGGCUCCCAACUCUUCUGGAGGCUUUCUGGUAACUGCAAAAAAUCAUUACCCAUUUUCAGGUGUUUGCUCUGACAGCUUUAGUGGAUCAGUAUCACGGUAGUUAGCACAGGCUCCGUACCACCGCUCUGCCUUUAUCUGCCAGCACUCGGUGCUAUAGCUCUAACGUAACGACAACAGAGAUUGUGACUGUCUCUAGGUAAAAGCCAACGAGCUCUGGACCCUGUGCGUACCCAGCAUUCCCAGAUGAACGUACAAUCUCUGACUAGAUUGUUGCACCUUUUCUUUAAAGAUGAAUUGAUCCGCGAAACUACAAUUAACUGUGCGGAGCGAGGACUGUUGCUGCUUCGAGUCAGGGAUGAAAUCCAAAUGACAAUUGCUGCUUACCAGACGUUGUACGAGAGCAGCGUUGCCUUUGGCAUGCGGAAGGCACUACAAGCUGAGCAAGGCAAAUCUGACACGGAAAAAAGAAUCGCCGAGCUAGAGGAGGAAAAGCGGGAGCUGGAAAGACAAGUGAGUGAACAGAAAGCUAAAUGUGAAGCUAUUGAAAAACGUGAGAAUGAAAGGCGGCAGACGGAAGAGAAGAAACAUGCCGAGGAGGUUCAGUUCCUGAAACGAACGAAUCAACAGCUGAAGGCCCAACUUGAAAGCAUCAUUGCACCGAAUAAGUAGAUUUUUUUGCUGUCCUCCAGGCAGUGCUCAGAAGAGCUGUCAGAGCAAGAAGUUUGCAAUUAGUGACAAAGAUUUGUCUUCAUAAAACAGUCUUGAAUUUUCACUUACUGGUAACUGAAGGCAGCAUAACUGUAUUCUUUCUUUUUCUUUUUCUCUUGAAGAGUUGAAAUUCAAGAGCUUCACUAAUUACUGCACCCUCUUUCAAUGCCGUCUCAGCAUUCAGCUCCUUGAAUAGCGACCCUGUCUGGGACCUGCCUGUUGGUAAUAUGCUGGAUGACCUUCAAAGCAAUCAACUAAUAAACGUUUCUAUGUGCAAGCAUCUCUCUAAUAUUAUUACUUUGCAAAUGUUGUAGAAGAUGCAGAAACAAUAUCCGAAGUGUCAACAAUAAAUACAAGUCACACUCACUAAGAAUCAAAUUCCAGGUAGUUCUUGGACAGGAGUUUGGAGGGCAUUGCCUUGAGCACGAGCAAGUUGGUGCUAACUGCACAUCAACCCCCCUGCCAGACCCCUCAGCAGCCACCUAGGAUGAGCAAGGCCGAAGCUCUCUGCGUGGUUAUUUCUAACGAAACAAAGGGGUGCGACACCAUUCCCAGCACUGCUUCUCGGUGGAAGCAGACAAAGUCUUUACCUGAGGCACCUGUGUAACCGGCGAUACGUAGCAAGCGGACAUGGGGCCGAUGAUUCGCUGUAGUCACGUGAAAGGCUCCAA